AAACCGAGCUCGCUACAUGCCUCAGAAUCCUUACAUCAUUGCCACCAAGACCCCCUCUAGUGACGUGCUGCUCUUUGAUUAUGCAAAACAUCCCUCAAAACCUGACCCUUCUGGAGAGUGUACCCCAGAUCUGAGAUUAAGAGGCCACCAGAAAGAGGGCUACGGCCUCUCCUGGAACCUGUACUCCAGUGGCUGCCUCCUCAGUGCUUCUGAUGACCACUAUCUGCCUGCUGGACAUCAGCACCAGGCCAAAGGAGGGAAAUAUUUUGGAUGCAAAGACCAUCUUCACAGGCCACACUGCUGUGGUGGAGGAUGUUUCCUCGGGUCACUCUUCUGAUCUGUGCUGAU